AUGGAAAACUGCUGCAGUAACGCUUAUGGGACAUCAUGGAAUUAUGAUUUCAGCAUUUGCCACGGCAAUCUACACGAUUCUGGAGAAGGGGAGGGCAAAAUAUCAGAAUAUUUAUAUUUACGGACCAGCAAACACGGGGAAACCUUCAUUUUGUCACUUCUGAAAGCAAUUUACAAUGCGUUUUGCAAUCCUGCAACUGGUUCAUUCGCUUGGAUCGGAGUCGAUGAAGCAGAAAUAAUUUUUCUCAACAAUUUCAGUUGGGAUCCAAAGAUUAUUUCCUGGGCUGAUUUCCUUCCAGCUCUUGAAGGAGAUAUUGUUCAAUAUUUGCCAGCCCCUAAGAACGUAUGUCCACGAGACAUUGAACUUAAAGCUGAUCUUCCGUUCUUUAUCACAGCAGACGCACCGAUCGUGCAAGGGACCGAGCUAAUACGGACAUGA